AUGUCAAGACUUCCGACAACCGCGGUGGUCGUCGAGCCAUUAGGCAUCUCUGACAAGCUUUCCCUCGCGUGGCGUAUCCCUUUACUUGUCAUCCGUUGCGCAAGCAAUUUUGCUUCACUAUGUCUGUCAACUCAUGAAGUCGCUGGACUUCAUUGGCGUCAAAAGCUUGCGCUCAGCUAUCUACUCGCAUCUAGAGUCACCUUCACGCGCAAGCAACAGGCCCAAACACGCAAAGUUUUGACAGGUCCCAGGAUUCAGGAGUAUUGUCGCAGACAUAGCUUGCACCAUAGAGCUGUGUCUGUGGAUAGUGCAUCUCUUUACAAUGACCGCAAUAUCCCAAACCCAGUGCUACACUUUGUUACGCCCCCUGUGCCACAACCAGGCGGUCCGACGAUAUUCUACUUCCACGGUGGCGGGUACCACAACCCGAUCAAAGCGGCAGGCCACGUUCCGUUCACACUGCAAUGUGCGGCGGCCAGCAAAGCACAGCAAGUCGUAUUUUUGGAGUAUUCUUUCAGCCCCGAGCAGCAUUAUCCAUGUCAGCUAGUCCAGGCAGUGGCUGGCCUCCGGUAUCUUCUUGAUCAAGAGUCGAUCCAGGCAGAGAACAUCAUCCUCGGCGGCGAUAGCGCAGGCGGCCACUUGGUAGCGAGUCUGUUAACUCAUAUUAUUCACCCAUCCCCAUACGCCCCUUCCAUUGAUCUUGGUGGCCAUCAAUUCAAGGCUGUCCUCCUGGUGUCUCCUUGGAUGGCGAUGACAAAGGAGGAAAUCAGGGAUCUCCCACGAGCGCAUAACGAUUACCUGAACCAAGAGAGUGUCGUCCGAUUUUGGAAUAUGUUCAGACCAGGUGCAAACGAAGUGUGGAGCAAUCAAUGCGAGACGCAGGACGCGGUCGCAGUGUGGAAGAGGCUCUUUCCUGGUGGAAAUGGACAUGCCAUAUCUCGCAAAGCAAUUCUAGCAGUAGGGACUGCAGAAAUUCUUUUUGAUUCCUGCGUGAGCUUUGGGCGGGACUGUAUGGGAUUUGAGAGCAUUUAUGUCGAUGGUCAACCCGGCCUUGACCUGGUGAAGAAAACGGAUUUUGUUCUUGCCAUAGCCCCGGGCGAGGCUCAUGUCCAGCCUGCAAUAGACUGCGCCCUCAAGUAUUACGAUGGGAGGAUGAUGAGGGCAAUUUGGACUUUUUUGAAAGCUUGUUAG